AAAAAAGAAGAAGAAGAAGUAUUUUGAACCAUUUGACUUGCCGUACAUCCUCUUGUGCACGCUAUUUCUGAUUCGCAAUAGUUGUAGUAUGUUUGCGUAAAGGGAAACGGACAUUCCGAGGGCAACGGAAUCGACUGCUACAGCGGACUAUCGGUGCUAAACUCAAUGGAUACCGGCAACUGUUUGGUGGAUUCCGGCGACAAGUCGGUAGUCUUGUUUUUGGACGGGGUAGCACUCCAUGACAAAGUGCCCCACAAAAGAAAAUCCUAUUCUGCAGAAUACAAACUGCAGGCAGUAAAAUAUGCAGCCGAAAACGGUAAUCGAGCGGCAGGAAGAAAGUUUGGAGUGAGUGAGAAACUUGUGAGGGACUGGCGUAAAAUGGAGGUUACUCUAACUCUAAUGAAGAAAACAAAGAAAGCUAAUCGCGGGCUGAAAGCAAGAUGGCCAGAGCUGGAGAAACGAGUGUACAGAUGGGUUCUGGAGCAGCGCGCUGCCGGGAGACGCUUGUCAGCAGUGCAGUUACGUCUCCACGCUCUGAUAGUGGCCAAGGAGAUGAACAUACAGGAUUUUGCUGGAGGACCUUCGUGGUGUUCCCGCUUCAUGCAACGCAACCGUCUCUCUAUGGGAACACAAACAAAGUGGUGUCAGAAACGCCCUCUCGCGGCUGUAGACGAUACACGUGAGAUGCAGAUGUCGUUUAUUAAAGAGGAGAGUGAAGACAUCAGGAUUGCAGAUGUGUUCAACAACAAACAUGAAGAUACCGAGGAACAAACAGAAAUUCAGCUGGAAUAUUCCCAUCCGUUUACAAGUGAAGACGAGCACCAAAGCUUCAUUGAUAUAUGUGUAGAGGAGAUGGGAGAUCCAGAACCCUGCAGAAUCAAACACACUGAACACACUGAAGAACUAACAGAUACACGUGACAUGUCGUUUAUUAAAGAGGAGAGUGAAGACAUCAGGAUUGCAGAAGCGUUCAACAUCAAACAUGAAGAUACUGAGGAACAUGAAGAUACUGAGGAACAAACAGAAAUUCAGCUGGAAUAUUCCCAUCAGUUUACAAGUGAAGACGAGCAUCAAAGCUUCAGGAAUAAAUCUGUAAAGACUGAGUUUAUUAAAGAGGAAAGAGAGGAGAUGGGAGAUCCAGAACCCUGCAGAAUCAAACACACUGAAGAUACUGAAGAACUAACAGAAAUUCAGCUGGAAUAUUCCCAUCAGUUUACAAGUGAAGAUGAGCAUCAAAGCUUCAGGAAGAUUUCUGUAAAGUCUGAGUUUAUUAAAGAGGAAAGAGAGGAGAUGGGAGAUCCAGAACCCUGCAGAAUUAAACACACUGAACACACUGAAGAACUAACAGAGUUGACUGAAGAAAAUGAGGACAAUGAAGAAUUGAGAGAAGUUGAGGAGAAAAUUCACUUAAAAACUGGAGAAAACCACUUGAGUAGCUGUGAAAGCAAACAGAUAUUAUUAAAGAAAACAAGAGCCAAUAAAUCUUUUACCUGCACUCAGUGUGGAAAGAGCUGCAAAUAUAAACAUAUUCUUGAUGUUCACAUGAGAGUUCAUACUGGAGAAAAACCUUACAAGUGUUCACACUGUGACAAGAGACUCAAUCAGUCUGGACACCUGAAUAAACAUAAAAGGAUCCACACUGGAGAAAAACCAUAUGCAUGUGAUCAGUGCGGGAAGAGAUUAACAACAAAAGGAAGUCUUUUGGUGCAUAUGAGAGUUCAUACUGGAGAGAAGCUGUUCACUUGUGGUCAGUGUGGAAAGAGUUUUUCAGGAUCAGCAAACCUUCAGAGGCACAUAAACAUCCACGCUAGAGAGAAACUGCACACAUGUGAUCAAUGUGGGAAAACAUUUUUGAGUACUUCAGACCUGAAAACACACCUGAGAGUUCAUACAAAGGAGAAACCACAUUCAUGUCAUUUGUGUGGAAAGAGUUUUUCACGUCUUCAAUAUUUGAAAAUACAUCAGAAAAUACAUUCUGGUGUGAGAGAUUACAUGUGCUUUGAGUGUGAAAAGACUUUUACUUCAGCGAGCGGUUUGAAACAGCACCAUAGGAUUCACACUGGAGAGAAACCUUACAAGUGUUCACACUGUGACAAGAGAUUCUGUAAGACAGGAGACCUAAAAAGACAUGAGAGGAUUCACACUGGAGAGAAACCUUACAAGUGUUCACACUGUGAUAAGAGAUUCAGUCAGUCAUCACAUCUGAAAACACACGAGAGGAUUCACACUGGAGAGAAACCGUAUCAAUGCACUGCAUGUGGGAAGCAUUUCAGUCAAUAUUCUGCCCUACACAGACAUACAAAAAACAAUCACAUUAAGUAGAUCAUCUUCAGAUCUUUCAGGUCUGUUUCGCAUCAUUACAAAAAGAUGACACAGUAAUGAAUCAAGCUAUGAAAUAUCAUCUGCAUACAUCUGUCAUCACAAGUGACAUGAUGAAGAAACAUUAUCUAAAGUUUUCACAGUGAAUAAAGUUAAUCUUCAUCUUCAGAACCAGCAGAAUCAACUGAUUGAUUUAGAUAAACUCAAAGAUGGAGUUCCUCAACAAAGAAUAAUGUAAAAAAUAAAAUCCUUGUUUUUAAUUUUUCUGCAAGAUAUAAAUUAUAUCUCCUGUUGUUCACAUAAUGAAUAUGUGUCACUUGUAGUUUGCUUACUCUUUUGCUUUUCUUCAUUAAAGUUUUUACAAACUGCUCUUGUUCAGGACGCCUUAGCCCCUUUUACACUGCACGUUGGACCCGGAAAAUUGCCAGAUCACCUUCUGUGUGAACGCAAACAGGAUUGAUCCCGGGUCGGAGACCUAGUAACAUUGCUGGGUUCAGUCCUGGAAUGAACUCGGUGUGAACAAAAAUAAUGCCGUAAAUGGUGUCGUAGUGAUGAUGCACAUUAGCGUGCUACUCUUUUACCAGGUGUUUUGAAGGCUGAUCAACUUUCGCAAGGAUAAAAAUAUCCUUAUGUCACGUGUCUUUACAGGACCUUUACGGGUUGUGUGUGUACGCACGCACAUAUUCCAUGUAAUCACUGGCAGUGUGAAAGGGGCAAAAUGUAGCAACCCAGGAACAAUUGCCGGGACACAUUACCCGUGUAUUUUCUGGAAUGGCAGUGUGAAAGGGGCUUUUGUAUGUUUAUGUUAUUUAUUUAUUUGAACAGGUACACUGUAAAAUAUACAUUAACCUUAGAAAGGAGAGAUGCAUUAUACCAGGUUGUAGCGCUUAUGCUAAUUUCCACCUGUAGUCCCUGGGCAGGCUGAUGACAAAUAGAUACACAUAUUAAUAAUACAUUUACCCCAAAACAGCAUUAAAAUUACCAGACCCUUUUAUUCCUCAACAUUCAUUAACAAAUACACUCUCAUGUAUACAUCAAUUACAAUGCAUUAUGUGAACAUGUUUGUUUUAGAAGAAGCCAUUUUUUGGCCUGAUGUAAAAAAAAAAGUGUAAAAAUUUACGAAUAAAAACUCUAUUGCCAACUUGUUCCACUGUCUGAUGGCCAUACUUAAGAAAGCUUAAUUAUGUUUUCAAAACUAAAUAUACUAUGUUUUUUAAGAAUAUGACAGUGAUGAAAUAGCUGAAAUUUGUUGUCAUGAACUUUUAUACAAUGAUUUCAUGGGCCUUAUUGCUGUUUUACAUGCCUGUGACCAACUCAUCAUGCAAUAAUGAAAGUGCGGAAUUUUCAUCACAUUUAAUAUAAAUUAGAUGCAUCUAUAGUCAGAAAGUUCCAAAUACAUCUAAAAUGUACAAUGUUAAUUUUCAAAGUUUUAGCCAUCUUUUAAAUAUGUUUUUUUUAGAUGAAAAAUUUGGGUCAAGAAUGACUAAUUUCAAAUAAAUCAAAGCAACUGAA